AUGAAGCUGAUUUUGAUCCUCAUUGCCCUCUUCGGGGCUUCCUUUUGCCUGGAAACAUUUGUUGGGCACCAGGUUCUCCGAAUCAAGACAAGAAAUGGGGAGGAGAUUAAGAAGCUGCAGCUUCUGGAAUCGCUGGAGCACCUUGAGCUCGAUUUCUGGAUAAAUCCUUCCACCCCUACCCGCCCGGUAGAUGUGAGAAUCCCUGCUAACAGUGUCCAAGCAGUCAAAGCCUUCCUGGAGUCCCACGGGAUUCGCUACUCCAUCCUCAUUGAAGACCUGCAGGUUGUUCUAGAUAAAGAAAGGGAAGACAUGGCCUGCGGUCAAAGGGAUCGCAGCAGCGCCACCUUCAACUACGGAGCUUACCACUCCUUAGAUUCCAUUUACGAAGAACUGGAUCAUCUUGCGUCCGAGUACAGCACUUUGGUCAGUAAGCUCCAGAUUGGGGAAUCCUAUGAAAAGCGGCCUCUGUACGUGCUCAAGUUCAGCACCGGAGGAAGCAACCGUCCUGCGAUCUGGCUGGAUGCCGGUAUCCAUUCCCGAGAGUGGGUGACCCAAGCCAGUGCCAUCUGGAUCGCUAAAAAGAUUGCCUCCGACUACGGGAAGGAUCCAUCCGUCACCUCUCUGCUGAACAAAAUGGACAUUUUUCUGCUGACAGUCUCGAACCCUGACGGAUACGUCUUCACUCACACCACAAAUCGCAUGUGGCGGAAGACCCGCUCCAAGAAUCAAGGCAGUCUGUGCGUUGGAGUCGAUCCAAACAGGAACUGGGAUGCAGGUUUUGGAGGUCCCGGAGCCAGCAGUAAUCCCUGCUCUGACUCUUACCACGGUCCCCAUGCCAACUCAGAGGUGGAAGUUCAAUCUGUCGUCAACUUUAUCAAGAACCACGGAAACAUACAGGCCUUCCUCACCCUCCACAGUUACUCUCAGCUCCUGAUGUAUCCCUACGGCUACAAAUGCACCGAACCGGCAGACCGCGACGAGCUGGACGCCUUGGGAAGAGCUGCUGCCAGUUCCAUCCAGUCCCUGUACGGCACCACCUUUACAGUGGGGAGCAUUUGCACCACUAUCUACCAAGCCAGUGGAGGCAGCAUCGACUGGAGCUACGAUUACGGCAUCAAAUACUCUUUUGCCUUUGAGCUGCGUGACACGGGGCGCUACGGGUUCCUCCUGCCAGCCAGCCAAAUCAUCCCAACCGCAGAGGAGACCUGGCUGGGUCUGAAAACGAUCAUGGAGCACGUGCGAGACAAUUCGUUCUAAAAGCUGGGCUGGGAAUCAGCUGCCUGUAGCAUCAAGCUCAUAAAACCUCUUCCCUGGCUGAAUAAAGACCCUGU